AUAAACACAAAAACAUCAAAACAAUGGAGGACAAUAACCCACCCCCCACAAAACCCAGGGUGGUCUGUUGUAUAGGUGAUAUCCAUGGCUACACAACAAAACUCCAAAAUCUAUGGUCAAAUCUUGAAUCUUGCAUUAACCCAUCUGAUUUUGAGACUGCCCUUGUCAUUUUCUUGGGUGAUUACUGUGAUAGAGGUCCAGAAACUAGUAAAGUUUUAGACUUUCUCAUUGCUUUACCCUCAAAAUACCCAAAACAAUCCCAUGUUUUUCUUUGUGGGAAUCAUGAUUUUGCAUUUGGGGCAUUCUUGGGUGUACUUCCAAGUCCACCUGAUGGGUCUGAAUUUUGUGAGACAUGGAAAGAGUAUGAGAUGAAUGAGGAAAGAGAAGGGUGGUAUAAAGGUGAAAGCUUUGAGAAUAUGCAUUUGCAAGGGAGGAGAUGGGCUGGGAAUCAUACUGUUAAGUUUAAUGCUGUAAAGGGUAUUGAUUAUAAAGGAUCUAUUUAUGAUGCUGCUCCUACUUUUGAGUCUUAUGGUGUUCCCCAUGGUUCUGCUGAUCUUAUGAAGGUAGUUACUGAUGAGCACAAGAAAUUCCUUGCCAAUUUGGUUUGGAUCCACGAAGAGGACGAUGUUACCAUAAAAACUGAGGAAGGAAUUAAAAGGUGCAAACUAAUUGCUGUUCAUGCUGGCUUGGAGAAAAACAAACCUGUUGAACAGCAGAUUAAAACCUUGAAAGCAAAGGACACGAGGAUUCCUAAAGUUGCCCCCCUUAGUGGAAGGAAGGACGUAUGGGAAAUCCCUCAGGAACUGACUAAAACUCCAACGAUUAUCGUAAGUGGCCACCAUGCAAAAUUACAUAUUGAAGGCCUCAGACUGAUAAUAGAUCAAGGUGGUGGAUUUGAAGAUCAGCCAGUGGCUGCAAUAGUGCUUCCUUCACUGGAAAUUGUAAGGGAUACUGACCAUUUGGUGAAGUAGAUUAUGUUUUUUGUAUGUUAUUGACCCAAUAAUCAAAUUAAAUUGCAAAAAUAAAGGUGACUUUUGGACCAGCUACCAAA